AUGUUUUCGAAGCCGCCUCGGGUACUGGGAACCAAUGACUUCAAGGCUUCCAAUGGCUGGCUAUACAAGUUCAAAGAGCGCCAUGGAUUCGUCAUGAGCAGCAAAGCGGCUCAAUCGAGUAUGGGAAUCGGAGCGCCCGCUCCGUCACACCCGCUUUCAACCCAUAGUCACUCUGCCCCCCCAUCGAUGACCGCUCCUCAGCAUUCCCCACCCGGACCUCCGAUGGUACCGCCCAACGCGUGUCUUCCAAGCGAAUAUCCUCCACCAGCUUCAAUAGCAGCUGUAGUUCCGCAUCCGGGGAUGCAGCAGCGAGGGGCACCGUCCUUAGCCUCAGCGAUGCCUCCCCACCAGCAAUUAGGUUCACUAGGACCCUCACCGAUUCAUCUGAGCGGCCACAUGGCCCCUCCGCCACCUCCACCUCACACUCCGAGAGAUCUCGUGACUCCACCUCCACUCGGUUCGUCCCAACAAAUUCCUUCACUGGGUCCAUCGCCGUUUCUACCACCUCCCCCCCAACACAUAAGUCCGCCACCUGCGGUACAAACUCCUGGUAAACCUUCGCCCGACUACGAACUGGCAAACUAUCACCAAGCCUUGAACGACUACGACCCUUCGAGAAUCUAUACAGUCAGCGAGACGUGUCUCUUGUUCAACAAGCUGCCACUUUCUGAACGAGAUACCUUCUCGGACACCUUGAAUGCCGAGUCGCGUAUCACGGUUCUGCUUUGUGCCAAUGCUGACGGAAGCCAAAAACUCCGGCCAUUGGUCAUAAACUCGCGUCGCGAUGGUGAAGAUUUCAAUGAAAACAGAGACAAAUUACCAGUGUCUUACGAGACUCAAAGAUCCUCUUUCCUCACGGGGAAAAUCUUCCAGCAGUGGAUCUGGGAGCUGGAGAGGCGAGUCGAUUACCCGUGCGUCCUAUUGUUGGACACGAGUCCUGCUCAUGUAAGUGUAAGCGUACAAAGUGACAAAAUCAAGCUUCUGUUUCUUCAAAACUCGCUCCGUCAGCUGCAACCGCUCAAUCAAGGUGCCAUGACCGAGUUCAAGGCGCGGUAUAAGGCCGAGAUGAUUUCUCACAUCGAACAAAACUACAAGCAGUUAGGACAAAACAGUAAUUGUAGUGGCGGAAACAGUAACGGAGUCUGGAACCUGACGCCUCCUGAGGCAAUGUUGUCGUUUGUCGACGCACUCUACAUCUUGAAUCAAGCUUGGAAAUCGCUAAGCAGAGAAUCACUCCUCGAAUCGUGGACCCGCUCACAGCUGCUUUCGUUUCGGAUGUACAAUGGUCGUAAGGACAUCGAAGAAGAAGCUAUUCACGAGCUCAGUCAAGUGAUGAAGGCGAGCAAAAUCUGCUGCGGAGAAUCCAUCAGCAACGCGCAAGGCGCAGGCAGUCCUGUUGGCGGUUCUGAGUUGAGCCGAAAAGAAAUCGUAGAAUUUCUUCACUUGGACGAUUCAUUCCCAACCUCAUACUCAUUUUCCGAGGAAGCCUUUGAGAGUUCUCGAGCGCCUCAAGGCUACACUAAUGAGGCAAUGGAUACUGCUCUGAUGCAGUACUACCACUUGCAACGUGCCCGACAACAGACGCCAGAGGAGAUUCUAUCGAUGCUCGACACGAUGGAGCGAUUUUUCACUCAUCAGGCACUCAUCAGCUCCACAGACAUCCUCGCCAUCCAUUCGCUGAGGUCCAAGACGUACCAGAUCGCCAGUAACUACUACCCGCCGACAAGUAGCAUGCUCUCGUCGGCGUCGUCGUUGGGAGUACCGCCUCCCGUAGUUUCGCCGCCGAUGUCAUCAACGCCACAUGCACAUCUGAGCCCACAUUCGCAGUACACGCCGCCCUUGCUAACGGGACCUCCGUUAGUUCCCCAUCAGCAACCCCCAUAUCCCGUUUCGUACUGA